AUGGAACAUUUGAGUCAUUUAACGCUUGCGAGAGCUUUUCUUAAGGUAAAACGAAUUGUCGUAACAGAAUCAAUCAAAAUCGAUCCCUCAUGCUACUACAACAUGUGUGCUGUAAAGUACGACGUGAGAUCACGUUCCAGCUUUAAAUUUCCAGUUGAGUCUUGCACACUGCGAUCAAUCAAUGGGGAAGAAAACGUAUGUUGGAAGUUGCAGAAAAUAUCGCUUUCAUUGUUUUCGCAUAGAGCAAUAAAUCUUCCGCAAUUUCAUCGUUUUUUUGAAAUCUUUUUUGUUGGGAAUUUGUAA